AUGAAGAAACUAAUGGGAUUGGUGACAUUCCUUUUAAUAGAACUAUCAAGUUCUGAAGAGUUAAGAAUCUACGUUAAGUGGGAAAUGAAUAUUUAUGUUCCAUUUCAUAGUACUAUUUGCGAUGGCAUGCUACUCAAACCACGCUUAUUCAUUGCAGAUGGGAACUGUGUCAAUAAAGCACUGAUAAGUGAAAGUAACAGAACUUACUAUGAUAUUUAUGUUAAUCGUGGUAGUGGAUUCACUACUUACAUGAGAUUAGCUGAAGUAGAGAAAAAAAAUAUUUUUUACAACGAAGACUUGGCAAUUGAAUUCGACAAAUCUAAACGAAAUGUCGCAGUACUAAUUACCAAUCAGCCGUUGGUUUCUGAUAAUAAUCGAACAUUACUUAAGUUUCUGACGCAGUAUGUUUAUGACCAUGUUUGGAACUACAAUGAGCAAUCUCAACUGGUGAAUUUAACAGAUAUUCAAGAAAUAAAAUAUUCAAAUUGCAUAGUACCAGUUAGCGGAAGAAUGAAUUAUUUCGUAGAUCCUUGUACAGUGAAACCUGUAUAA